CUAAUCCCAUUGUUCUAUUGUAGUCACUAUAUGAACACCUUCAUGUUGGAGUUCAGUUGAAGUCAUAGAAAAGCACAAGUAUUGGUAGCUAUGGGGACUAGCAUAGGCACUUACAAGAGGUUCAAGCCUCAUAUCCUUAUGGUUUUGGCUCAAAUUGCUUACACUUUUUUGUACUUCAUAACUGAAGCUUCCUUCAAUCAUGGAAUGAAUCCUCAUGUCUACAUAACUUAUCGUCAUAUCGUUGCCGGUCUUGCUAUGCUACCCUUUGCCUAUUUUCUUGAAAGAAAGACAAGGCCCAAGUUAACUAUAGCUUUGCUGUUGGAGAUAUUUGUACUCUCUCUACUGGGAGUGAGUUUGACACUGAACAUGUACUUUGUGAGCUUGAACUACACCUCUCCGACUCUUCUUGCCUCGAUGGUCAACACUAUAGCUGCCUUAACAUUUGUACUAGCAGUUAUUCUCAGGUUGGAAGAUGCUAACAUUCGAAAUCCUAGAGGAAUAGCAAAAGUCUUAGGAACCUUGGUUUCCUUGGCUGGGGUUAUGAGCAUGACAUUAUACAAAGGACCUGUUAUGAAAAGCUUAGGACAUCCUCUCAUCUACAUCCACCGAGGGAAUGGUGUUAUCCAUGAGAAUUGGUUGAAAGGCUCGAUCCUCAUUGCUGCUAGCUGUGUUACGUGGUCAAUAUGGUACAUCAUGCAGGCUUACACUUUGAAAAGAUAUCCAGCACAAUUAUCGCUGACUACAUGGAUGAGUUUUGUUGGUGCAGCACAAUCAGCUAUCUACACAGUAAUUGUACAACACAAACAAACAGCUUGGACCAUGGGUUUCAACAUUGAUUUCUGGUCUACUCUGUACGGGGGAAUAGUGAUCUCUGGUUUAGUAGUGUACAUACAACUCUGGUGCACUGAACAAAAGGGACCAGUUUUCGUAACAGUGUUCAACCCACUCUCAACCAUACUAGUUGCAGUUCUAGCAUAUUUCGUCCUUGGUGAAAAGCUCUACACGGGCAGCAUCAUUGGAGCAGUAAUUGUCAUUAUUGGACUGUACUUGCUUUUGUGGGGAAAAGAAGAUCAGCAACCAGAAAUGAAAGAGAAAGAGCAAUGCUCCACAAAAAACGAAGUGCAUCAUGAAGAACCUAGGAUGCAGAAAUUCACAUCAGAUGCAGAACAAGAUGUGGUGAGGAACAAGAUGACUUCCAUGCCCAAUCUGUAGUAGUAUGCUAGAAGUAAGAAAAAAUAAUAGACAUAAUUUGAGUAUAGUCAAACCGAGAAGUACCUGCAACCUGAAUGUGUUACGUAUAGCAGACAUGGAUUCAUCUGAUGAACAAGGCGAAAGAACACCUCCUAAGAAAGAGAUUAUUCAGGGUUAUAUGUUCACCUCCAAAGUACAGGAGAGAUACUCUUUUUUUCCUUUUUUUUUGUUUGGAUGUUCAAUUACUUAUGCAAGGUGUGGCAGGUUAAAACAGCA